UCGCUUUUCGGAUGACGUAAGGCGCUCAAACUCACACUUUCGGGUUGAGUAGACAAACGGCGCGUUACGUAAUCGCUGGCGCGCCGGAUAUGAUGCUCUAGGGAAAACGGCGGAGCGUGGUCUGGUUAUACGGUUUCCUGUAAGUCCGGGUGCUUGAAGGUUUUCAGCUUUUGGAGGUGCAGCGUGGGGCGGGUUCUCCCGGGUAACUUCGAUGGUGGUGGAGUUUAUUGAUUCCUGAAAAGAUACAAUGGCAUAUAGAAGAGAUGAUAUGUGGUCUGAAGGACGCUAUGAGUAUGACAGACUUCCAAGAGAACGCUUACCUCCUCGAAGUCAUCCUGAGGAUGAGCCCAGCUAUCGAUGGCCAAGGGAUGAUCAUCCCAUAAGUAGACAGCCUGACUAUAGGAUCCAUGUGAUUGAGACAACAGAACAGAAAAUCACGACGGGGCGGAAAUCGCAGGGACUGCGACAGAGACAGGCACGGAGGCAGCGGAAGCUACACCGAGUAGUGACCAGUGUCCACCUGCAUCAUGAUCCUGCACCUACUCUUCUUGAUCUCCCUGAUAGAUCUCAGCAAGGGGACUCAGUCGCCAGCCCAACGACAUCACUGGGCGUUCAUCAGCAGCCCCCCUUGGCUGAGGGUGAUAAGCUAGGGGAUACCAGAGACGGCUUUAGAAGAAAAGGUUUCUACCCUUCCCAUUAUGGGAGAGAACGAUCUCCUCAUAAAAGGGACAAUCCAUUCUUCCGGGAAUCUCCUGUAAAUCGAAAAGAUUCUCCACACAGCAGAUCCGGCUCCAGUGUCAGCAGCAGAAGUUACUCUCCAGAGCGGAGUAAAGCUUAUUCUUUCCACCAAUCUCAGCAUAGAAGUAAAGAGAGACCUUCUGUCCAGUCUUUGAAAACAUCUAGAGAUACUUCUCCCUCCAGUUCCACAGCAGCUCCCUCAUCAAAGGUCUUGGAUAAACCUAGCAGGCUGACUGAAAAGGAGCUUGCUGAGGCUGCAAACAAGUGGGCUGCAGAAAAAUUAGAGAAGACUGAUGAGAAUAACUUACCAGAAAUUUCUGAUUAUGAUGCUGGAUCUUCAGCUCCGUUAUACGAUGACCAACCAGAAGAGCCUGAGACAAAUGCCACAGAUAGUAUUGAACUGUUUGAAGAUAACCAGGUAACCAGUCGCUCAAAAGCGAUAGCAUCAAAGACCAAAGAAAUUGAACAGGUUUAUCGACAAGACUGUGAAACUUUUGGGAUGGUUGUGAAAAUGCUGAUUGAUAAAGACCCUUCGUUAGAAAAGUCUGUACAGUUUGCUUUGAGACAGAAUUUACAUGAAAUAGGUGAGCGCUGCAUUGAAGAACUGAAGCAUUUCAUUGCAGAGUAUGAUGCUGCCAAUCAAGAAUUUGGGGAGUCUUUCUAAGAUUUCAUGCUGAGGCAAAAGAUAAUGUACUUCUUUAUUUGUUUUUUUUUCCUGGAUUAUAUAAAUCCUUAAUAUAUGGAAUAAUUUUGUAGGUUAUUAGGGAGAUAUUUUAGUACAGUUAGCCACACACUUAGAUAUCUUCAUCAUUAUUAUAUCGAAAGAAUAUCUAAAAAUGUUUUUGUUAGCACUGGGCAAAGAUUCUUGAUCCAUAACUAAGCAUAAGCUUUUUUUGUAGGAUGAAGCGUGUCAAUUCUUUUUUCUAGUAUGCCUCUUUGCAAAAAAAAAAAGAAAAAAAGGUCUAGAGGUUAGUUUUCUACAAUUGUUUGUCUUCAGUCUCAGACACCAUUUAAUCAUAUGCUUUGUCAUGCGAAUUUAAACUUAGUUUGUCAAUUAGAAAUUACUCUGAAAUCAUUUUUUCCAAGUCAUUGAAAACUCUUUGAAUUUCCACAUGACCUGUAUUUCAAAAGACUUGAUUUUAUUGCUUGACUUGUUUCUUAAGCCUUCAAACUUUUAAACAUUCUGAUGAUCUACUUUCUACAUUAGCUGACUACUUGAAGUUAUCCCAAUAUAAAUAUACUAAUUUGAUUGCGUAAAAAUUGCUUUAAAAAAAUCCUAAAACUUUAAUAACGUCUAGAUCCAAAAAUAAAGGCUUUUCAGUAUUAAAUUGUUAAUUCAAAACCAUCUAUGUUCCAUUACUUCUGAAUCUCAUAAAUACUUAGACUGAAAUAUGAGUCUUAUAAGAUCACAUCUGUGUCAGAUGGAAGGGUAAUUUGUGAAUUGAAAGGUGAGUGACAUAUUUAGGCUGAGAUUUUUCACAAAUUUUGUAGGCCUAGAAAGAAGUCUUUAUCAACAUGAGAAAACACUAUUUUCCCCCCAUAGGUCUUUAUUUCAGAGUUUUAUCAGUUUGUCUUUUGCCCCAUGGAUCAUUAGGAAAUUAAUAUAUUGUAUCAAUGAUUUCAGCCUAAAGGCUUGUUUAUUUAGCUCUCCUUAUUAGGGACUCCCAGGACCAUGGAUAUUCUACCGAUUUUUGAUGUUAGGUAUGACAAAUUUACUUUUUCUUUUUGUGGCAUUAAUAAGUCACAGAGUUUUAAAUCAUGUUAUCAUUACUGCCUACUUUACCUAUCUUUCCAGUGUCUCUUCUCUAAAACGAAUUCUGCUAUCAUUUUAGUGGCUUAUUUUGAUAAUGUUUUGAAGGCUUCCAAACAGUAGGGACCAAAAUUAUGUUAAAUGUUCAUUUCCAGCUAGCCAUUUAUUUAAAAAUCAUGCUAGAAUGGAAAUAGGGAAACAGUUAAGUGGUACUGGAUUAGAGUAUUGUACCUGAAAAUUGGAGGAGUAAGACAAAAAUAUAAUUCCAAAUCAUCUCCAACCUCAGCCUUGCCAAAUUAGGCCACUUUGAGUCAUGGUUUUUGAUACUUAAUAUGCUAUUCCACAGUUUCUGAACCAUAAACUAGAAUUAAUCCUUAUCCAUCAUCUUUGAUAUUCUUCUCCAAUGUGUGAGACUAUUUUAUUAGCUACCUAGCCUAGAGAAAACUAAGGCAAUAGUGGUUUUAUUACUCAAUUCUCUCAUUUCCCUUUUUCUUUCAUUUAAUUUUAUUAGGUAAUAUCACUUCCUAAAUAAAAAAAUGAGAAAAUACAGUAAAGAUACCAAAAACAAUGAACAAUUUUUUUUUGUUGUUGAGCUUCAUUAAAAAUAGUUUUACUGAGUUAAAGUCUGUUGGUUAACCAGUUAAAUAUAGUUUUGUUCUUCCUCUCCUGAAAGCAUUGUGUGUAGUAGCUAAAAAUUUUUGACAGCCAUCAACAAUAUUUUUGUAGGGAUAUCUGUUAAUUGUGGAAAAAAAGAUAGGCUUUAAAAGGUAACUUUGCAGCAUGCAAAUUCAAAUGUGAACCAGAGUGGUUUAUGUUGUAAGUUCUUGUUAAAAUGUUUUUUAUUAGAGAAUUACCCAUUAUUCUCUGCGGAAUAUCCCCAGGUAAUGUGCUUUCAGUAUGUCUUCUUAAUGCCUUGCUGUGCCUGUAGUUGAAGUUCAAAGGGAAAAUGGAGUUUUGUGAGGCCUACUUGUAUAAACUUUUAAAAAAUAAAUAAAACAACCAGUUUAAAAUAA